CUUCACCAUAAUUUUUCUAUACUAAAACUAUAAUGUUCACAUGAUUCACUUUUGCUUCUUUAUUUCUUCUUUUUCAAACUUUAAUAAUCACUUUAUCCAAUUUUUAAAAUUUUUUCAUUCUACUGAGAAUUAACAUGUUGGUGCUAAGUUUGAACUGAGUCUUUUGAUAAAUUUUUUAAAGAGAACAUCUUAAUAUACUACUCCUCUUGAUACUUAAGCAAGAAAUAUACUAGAAAACAAAUGUAAUUGCCUACAGAAUCAUAGGAAGGUAAAUUAAAUCGAUACUUUCAGAUAUUUUACAAUCUAAACAGAGUAUAAAUACUUGGGCCAUUUUUAUAUACAUUUGAUUUUAAGAUCUCUCAAAUCUCUAUUCCUUUUAUUUUACUUUAGGGGAUAAUGACAUUACUCAGUGGUUUAACAUUUUGAGAAAUUUUUAAAUCAUUAAAAAAACAAGCUUCAGUUUUAAUCCAAAUGUAGUAUCUGCAUAUAUGCUGCAGUUCAUAAUGAAAAUCAUAUUUCCUUUUUUAUACCAUUUGUAUUUUGAAAAAUGUUUUUACAUAUAUCAUUUCAUAGAAGAUAAAUUGUUAUGAUUUUGUAAAACAUGUUUUUAUUCAGACUUUUUAUGUUAGUUUGGAAGCUUUUAUUUUCAUGUAUCAACUUAUCACUAAAAUACACAUUUUACUGAUCUCUUCAGACUACAUUUUUUAUUAUAUAUUUGAAUAGAUCAGGAAUCACUUUUCAAGUUUCACUUAAUCAAAAUUCUUUGUUUAUAACUUUGUUCCUUAUGAUCUUUUAAUAAUAUUCAUGUACUUUGUAAAAUAAUCACUGUCAGUGAAAAUAGUUAUUGGGUUUGAGAUUAAUUAGGCAAUUUUUAUAGUUGUUUUAGGUGACAAAAGAACUGCCAGAAAGUAUGAGAAUUUUGUACCCUAUUUCAUUUCCACCUGAAAAAAUGGUGGAUUCUGUGGCACAGCCUCUGAGGGACUACAUGGGUUUGGUUAAUCCAGUUAUUCAGUCAGUUCAGGUCACAGUGCUGUGACUUGACCAGACUGAUGUCACUAAUUUGACUGUUUGGAAUGCUGGAGUCAGUAAUCCAAAAGUUUACGCUGAUAGGCAAGAAGUAGGAAAAUGAGUUAAUUCAUUUUUGACCAUGCAUUCUUCUUCAAAAUAAAAAUGGUAGUGGGGAAAGGAUCACCUUUUGAUCUCUAUUCUCUAAAACUUUCUCUUUUUUCCUUACCACUUCAGAUAAAUUCUGGAGGAGCCUACUGUCUCCAAUGUAAAUUUUCUUUAAAUGUUCUCUUUUGAAAACAAAAGAAUCAUUUGUGAAGUAGAGCUAAUUUAGGUUUUCCCUUAUCCUCAGUAAACAAAAAAAAUUAUGUACCAAUAUUUUUUAAUUUACUGAUUUGUAAUUCCAAGACAUUUUCAUUGGAGAAUUGCAUUAUAAAUUUUAGUUAGAUUUAUUAAACUAGAAUAUUAAUGAAGGAUAAAAUCAUGUACCUGAAAAGUAAUAAUGUAAAACCUAAAAAGCCAUUUUUAAUGAUGUUUCUACAAGAAAAUGUGUUAAUGGUUUCAGUGUGGAAUACUGCAGUAGAAUUCAGGAAUCAUUAUCUUGUGCUUAAAAGUGCAAGUUUGGAGACAGUGAUGUCACUUACUCAUUUUGGUUUUAUAAAUAAGAAGUAGUUUCCCUUUGCAAGGUAAGGAGAUUGAAAAGAAUUGAGUGGUACAGGAGUAAGAAAAGGUAAGGAUACCCAAAGGCAAGGGAAGUCAAGGAAUUACAGGAAUAACACUUCUGAACAGUAUAAUUCCCUUGAGUUUUUUAUGAGCACCUACUGUGUAAGGCAUUGUUCUAGGUGCCCAGGAACAAUGGGCACUAUUUUUAAGUCACUAUUAUUAAGAAUUUUAUCUUCAUGUCCUCUCACAGCAAAAGUAGUAAGAAAUCAGCCCAACACGGGAGUGGGCAGGAGAAACUCAUAGGAAGACAAGGCUUAUUAUGGUUUUAGUAUAUGACAAUGGUUAUGUAAGAAAGAUGUAUGCAUAUAAUUUUCAGGUAGACUUAAUAUGUAAUAUUUACAAAUGAAUAAACACAUGAACCACAACCUAACCUAGAAAAAGUGUUUCUCUGAAAGGAAACAUAUUUAUUAGUAAUAUUUAUAACUAGUGAUUUAAAAGUUUCUCUUUGCAAAGGCAAAUAUUUAUUUUUACAGCCUAAUGUUAGCAUAUUAUUACCAAUUUGUUUACCUAAUUUUAGUAUGGUAAUUCAUUUAUUAAUAAGAUUUUCAAUUUUUUCUCAGGUACAGCUGGCUUUUGUGUCCUCUAUAUUACUUGGGGCUUACAGAUCUAAUACAGGAGUCAGGAGUCAGUUACUAAAUGAAGUGAACUUUAUUCCAAAUCACUUAUUUAAAAUAUUUGAUCAGGAAGUAGAAUUCUAAAGCAAACUUAAACUUUAGUUUUACCGGUGCCGCGGCUCACUAGGCUAAUCCUCCGCCUGCGGUACUGGCACCCCGGGUUCUAGUCCCGUUCAGGGCACCGGUUCUGUCCUGGUUGCUCCUCUUCCAGUCCAGCUCUCUGCUGUGGCCCGGGAGUGCCGUGGAGGAUGGCCCAAGUGCUUGGGCCCUGCACCCACAUGGGAGACCAGGAUAAGCACCUGGCUCCUGGCGUCGGAUCAGUGCAGUGCGCCCGCCGCAGAGGCCAUUGUGGGGGUGAACGAGCGGUAAAGGAAGACCUUUCUCUCUGUCUCUCUCACUGUCCACUCUGCCUGUGAAAAAAAACUUUAGUUUUAGUUUAGUAAAUAAUGGAAUAAGAUUUGUUGUAUGAAUGAAUGGAUGAAUGGAAUAGCACAGUAGUGUUCUCAUUACUUGGUAAAGUAUAGGCAUCAACACAUAGCUUAUACAGCUUCCUAGAGAUUUCUAAAAGCAAUAUUCAUCUUCAGCAAUAUUUAUUAGUGAUACUUUGCAUUGUUCUUAGACUUUACUUUGCCAUUAUGUUUUCCUGUCUCUUUCUUAGGAAUUUUACUUUAUUCCUAAAUGCAUCCUCUAGGAGAACAUCUAAAAAUGCUAUUAACAAUUCAAAAUAAAAGCAUUUGUUGCAUAUUGUGAACUAUCUACAUGGCUUAUUUUUAUCCUAGCAAAAUAAAAUUGUGGACACUAAUAUAUUUCCAUAAUACACUAUUUAAUAAGCACUUCUAUAUCCCACAAUUUUAAUAAGUGAAUAUAAAAUAGUUCUUGAUUAGAGAAUGUAUUUUUCCUUCUGUUGUUCAACACUUUCCCUGGGUUUUCAAGCAUAUAUUUAGAAUUCUUAAACUUUACCAUGCUUAAAAAUUUUAUCUAAACUUUGUUCCCUCUUUUAAAAUAAUACUACUUUAAAUUCCUUUCUUCUUUACCUUUAUGUUUGCCCUAAAUAAAUGAUGUACAUUUUUUUGAUGACAUGUAAUGGAGUAGCAGUUUUGUUGUAAGGAACUUAGAAAAAAUGAGAAUCAGGUGUUCUGGAAUCUAGGGUUUUUUUUUUUUUUUUGGCAAGUCAAAUAACCAUCUGAGCCACUUGUUAAAGCAAGGAGUUGUCCUAGCUGAUCUUGAGAUCCCUGCCAACACUAAAAUUCUGAGUCUAAGAGAUUAAAACAUAAAAAAAAAAUUGAAUGAUGAAAAUAUUGAGUAGCACAUUCAUUUAAAUAGAAAAACAAGUAAUAUAACCUUGAAUGUACAUCAUUUGUAAUUCUGAUAUGCUAAUUAACUAACACUGCAUUGUCAGAUCAAUACUAAGUCUAUUAUUAACAGGUUGGAAAAUUCUAGUAAAUUUUGUUAUAAAAGGAGUAUGGUAACUAGUACUGUGUGCAAUCCUUAUAACUAGCCAAGACCAACAUGCAGGUCCUAUAUGAACGCCUUCUCAGAAGAAAACAGCCUCGAACCCAGAAAGACACCUGUGUAGAGGAAAUGGAUGUAGAAGCUCGACUUACUGAACUAUGUGAAGAAGUAAAGAAAAUAGAAAAUCCUGAUGAGCUGGCAGAACUUAUAAACAUGAAUCUUGCGCAACUUUGUUCACUUCUAAUGGCUUUAUGGGGACAGUUUCUGGAAGUUAUAACACUACAUGAAGAACUAAGAAUAUUAUUAGCACAAGAACACCAUACCUUGAGGGUACGCAGGUUCUCUGAGGCAUUCUUUUGUUUUGAACAUCCAAGAGAAGCUGCCAUUGCAUACCAGGAACUUCAUGCUCAGAGUCAUCUACAGAUGUGCACCGCUAUCAAAAAUACUUCCUUCUGCAGUUCUCUUCCACCCCUACCUAUUGAAUGUAGUGAAUUAGAUGGAGAUCUCAAUUCAUUACCUAUAAUCUUUGAAGAUAGGUAUUUAGAUUCAGUUAUUGAAGACUUAGAUGCACCUUGGAUGGGAAUUCAGAGUCUUCAGAGAUCAGAAUCCAGUAGAAUGGAUAAAUAUGAAACUGAAGAAAGCUCUGUAGCAGGACUUUCUAGCCCAGAGUUGAAAGUCAAAUCUGCUGGUGCCUCCACUAUUUGGUAUACAGAAGGUGAAAAGCAGCUAACAAAAUCUCUAAAAGGAAAGAAUGAAGAAUCAAUUAAGUCCAAGGUUAAGGUUACUAAGCUCAUGAAAACAAUGAAACCCGAAAACACAAAAAAAUUAAUAAAACAGAACUCUAAGGAUUCUGUGGUUUUGGUAGGCUACAAAUGUUUGAAAAGUACAGCAUCCAAUGAUCUCACUAAAUGCUUUGAAGGCAAUCCUUCGCAUAGUCAGAAGGAAGGUCUGGAUCCCACAAUAUGUGGAUAUAAUUUUGACCCAAAGACCUACAGCAGAGAGACAAGUCAAAAGGAAGCUAGCUAUUUGCCAACUAAUACAGAGGCAACUGAACAAAAGUCUCCAGAUACUGAAAAUAUGCAACCAGACCAGUUUGAUCCUUUGAACUCUGGCAGCCUAAAUCUUUGUGCAAAUUUGUCCAUUUCAGGUAAACUUGAUAUCUCCCAUGAUGAUAGUGAAAUUACACACAUGGAACAUAAUCUGGCAUUCAGAAGUUCAUCAGACGAUUGCCAUGAUCAUCAAACAACUCCAUCUUCAGGAGCUAGAACAACUGAAGUAAAGCCUUAUAAUAAGGAUCCUUUAAGUGGAGAGAGAAUAACUGUUAAAAUAGGACCUUGGACAGAGCUUCAGCAAGAUGAAAUAUCUGUGGAUAAUUCCCUACCCAACUUUGAGUCCUUACAAUCUGAUAGUAAAUCUAAGUCUGUAGAAAUAACAGUGGAAAAAGAAGGUUUGCAAGAAGCUAAGUGCCCUUCUAUUGGAGACUCAUUAAGUAAAUUAAGAAGUAAUCUGCCUGCUGCUUCUACAAAAGAGUAUCAUGUGGUAGUCAGUGGAGACACAAUUAAAUUACCAGAUAAUGUCACAUAUGCCUCAUCUAGAUUUUCAGAUUCAGGUAUUGAAAGUGAACCAAGUUCUUUUGCAACACAUCCAAACCCUGAUGUAGUCUCUGAAACUGUACAGGGACAAAGUCCUUACAAUAAUGAAAGAUUAUUUCCUCAGCUUUUGAUGAAACCUGAUUAUAACGUAAAAUUUUCAUUAGGAAGUCAUUGCACUGAGAGUACAAGUGCUUUAAGUGAAAUACAGUCAUCUUUGACAUCCAUAAACUCUUUACCUUCUGAUGAUGAACUGUCACCUGAUGAAAAUUCUAAGAAAUCUGUUGUACCUGAGUGCCAUCUAAGUGAUAGCAAAACUGUUUUAAAUCUAGGAACAAUCGAUUUGCCAAAAUGUGAUGACACUAAAAAAUCAAGUAUUAUUUUGCAACAGCAGAGUGUUGUAUUUUCAGGGCAUUUGGACAAUGAAACUUUAGCAAUACAUUCCUUAAAUUCAAGCACUAAAGACGCUUUACAAUUUGUUUUUCCAGAUAAAGAUACUUCCAGUGAUGUGAAAAGUAGUUGCAGCUGCAGACCCAACUCGGACACUAGGUUUGAAGGCUCCCAGAGUCCUGAUAAAUCUGAUGACUCUGCAGGGACAGCAAUCACAUUAAAUCCAAAACUGAUUUGUGUAGGCACCCCCUGUGUUGUUUCAGGUUCUGUUUCUACUAACACAGAAGUUAGUGAAGUUAGAAGAAAAAAUAGUCACGAUUUAAAUCGUAAACAGAUAUUUUUGGAAGCCUCUGCAGUUGAAAGUGAAACUCAUCUGAGUAUGAGUGACCCCAGUACUGAUGUGGUAAAGCAAGGGCUUGUGGAAAAUUAUUUUGGUUCUCAAAGCAGUACGGAUUUUUCUGACACGUGUGCUGUUAGCUACAGCAGUUCAGUUAGUCCUCAGAAGGAAACUUCUGAAAAAGAAAUUAGCAAUCUUCAGCACAUGCAGGGAAAAGAAGAUGAGGAGGAAGAGCAGGAUCAACAAAUGGUCCAAAAUGGGUAUUAUGAAGAAACAGAUUAUUCAGCUUUGGAUGGAACAAUAAAUGCUCAUUAUGCAAGCAGAGAUGCAGAAGAAAGACUUACAAAAUCUGAAAAAAUAACGAGUGACUAUCUGAGGGAUGGUAUAAAUAUGCCUACCGUCUGCACUUCUGGUUGUUUGUCCUUCCCAUCUGCACCACGUGAGUCUCCUUGUAGUGUUAAAUAUUCCUCUAGAAGUAAACCUGAUGCCAUUACAAAGCAGCCAAGCAGCACUUCUUACAACUCCACUUCUUCGAUUUCCUGGUAUGAAAAUGCACCAAAACCUCAAAUACAGGCCUUCCUUCAGGCAAAAGAAGAAUUAAAGCAACUUAAACUCCCUGGGUUCAUGUACAGUGAUGUUCCUCUGUUGGCAUCUUCAGUACCUUAUUUUAGCAUGGAAGAGGAGGAUGGUUCUGAAAAUGGAGUACAUCUCAUUGUCUGUGUGCAUGGCUUAGAUGGUAAUAGUGCAGAUCUUCGCUUAGUAAAAACCUAUAUUGAGCUUGGACUUCCUGGGGGAAGAAUUGAUUUUUUAAUGUCUGAAAGAAAUCAGAAUGAUACUUUUGCUGAUUUUGAUAGCAUGACUGAUCGACUUUUGGAUGAGAUAAUUCAAUAUAUUCAGAUAUAUAGUCUAAACGUCUCAAAAAUAAGUUUUAUUGGACAUUCUUUGGGCAACUUAAUAAUCCGUUCAGUGCUUACAAGACCAAGGUUUAAAUAUUACCUCAACAAACUUCAUACCUUUCUGUCUCUUUCUGGACCUCACCUUGGUACGCUCUAUAAUAGCAGCGCUCUUGUUAAUACAGGUCUCUGGUUUAUGCAGAAAUGGAAAAAAUCAGGUUCUCUUUUGCAAUUAACAUGUCGAGAUCACUCAGACCCUCGUCAAACUUUUUUAUAUAAGCUUAGUAAUAAAGCAGGGCUUCAUUAUUUCAAAAAUGUUGUGCUGGUGGGAUCUCUACAGGAUCGCUAUGUUCCUUACCACUCUGCCCGCAUUGAAAUGUGUAAGACAGCAUUAAAGGACAAACAGUCAGGACAGAUAUAUUCAGAAAUGAUUCACAAUUUGCUUCGCCCAGUUCUGCAAAGCAAGGACUGUAAUUUGGUUCGAUAUAAUGUCAUCAAUGCAUUGCCUAAUACAGCUGACUCACUUAUUGGGAGGGCUGCACAUAUAGCUGUUCUGGAUUCAGAAAUAUUUUUGGAAAAAUUCUUCCUGGUGGCUGCCCUCAAAUAUUUCCAAUAGAAUAAAAAUAUUAUUAGAGACUUGACAAUUACCUCAUUCAACAAUGAUUCAAAUAAUGUAUUAUAUUAAAAUGUAGAUAUGAAGUUCUAAGAAAUAUUUAUACCUUUUUAUAUGGAAGAUAAUUUAUAUCAUCCAUGUUUAGAGCUUUUUAAACAUCAACUUUACUUUCUAGGUAAUGUGGCUGUGCAAUAUUUUUUUAAUUUUAUCUUUUUACUUUUCUAUUACUUUUUCAUAUAUUUUGCUACCUAAGUUUUUCAGUGAAACUUUAAACCCCUAUAUAUGUCUGAUUGUUUAUUAUUGGCUUUCCACACUCUAUGUGUCAGAUGACAUCAUAUUUGCCAUUGUUGCUAGAAUAGCAUGGGAUUUUAAAUUUUCUAGUAUUGGGAUAUUGUUCAGUUAGUUAUAAAUUUUACUUUUAACAUUUUACUGCAUUUUAACUGGAAAUUAAAUUAUGGCUGCUAAACUAUAUUUUUUGAAAUCAACUCCUUUAGUCCUAAAGUAAACUUUAUCAUAUGAUCAAACCAGGUAGUUCAUAUAUGAUGUCAUAAAAGUUUUCUAUAGUCAUUACUGUUCUGUUAAAUAUAUGUCAUGCCUAUUAAAGUAUAUUUUCUACUGGUGAUUUCAACAUUAUUUCUCAUUGACUUUUACUACUGGAACUUUUCAUGUUCAUACUGGCUGCAUAUAAAGAUUUUUGAAUGUCUGAAUGCCCUCUGCCUUGAUUUGGUUGGAAUUUUGCUAAAUUUGGUAAUGUUGCUUGAACUUUCUGACUAUAUUUCUUUAACUUUUGUCAUGGACUUCCUUUUAUGUACAUAAUAAGUAAAUGUUGAAAUUUAUGAAAAUCUUUUAUGAAUUUACUUUUUAAAUGUUAAAAUUUAUUGAAUUCAAGAGUAGUGUAAAUAAAAUAAUUCACAUUGAAAAUGAAGCAAAGUGACUUUACAUGUUUGGUGAUAACAGAUGCAAAUGUUUUUGAUAUAUGGAGAUAUAUAGAGUCUUUUGACUUUACUAAAGGUGCUGAAUAGCAUAAAAUUCACUAUUUCCCUUCCUGUUCUACUUGUGAAACUAAUGAUGCACUAAGGAUGGGUGGAAGGUUGUUGCAUUCACCACGUCUGGUGGACAGAGGUUUUGUAAUAUGUAUUGUAUAAUUGUUGCAUGUUUUCUAGCAUCAUGUUAUUGCCUCGUGUUAAUAAAUGAACAAAUGACUGUUUGGAGGAACAGCUAAAA